AGUCAUCCGUCGCAUCUUUACCGUCGUCAUUUCUCUUUUUGAUUCUUUCGUACUUCGCCGAGCGCUGCAUUUUUUUUUGUUCGCAUAUGCACACACACGAAAAGACGGCCCUAUCAUCUCUUUCUUGAGGCGUGCGUAUUUGCUGUGCUCUACUGUCGAGGAAACAUUUAUCGACCUCCUCCUUCUUCUCCCUCCUCCAUGUUGCGUCGUAGCCUCUCCACACGAGCGGCAUCGCCGGCGGCGUCUGCAAAUGCGCACGAAGUCAUCGUCUCGGGUGGCGGACUCGUUGGCGGGGCAAUGAUAGCGUCGCUGCAACAGCUGCGCAGUCGCCUGCACGCCGAAGGCAGCAAGAUGAACUUCACGAGUAGUGAUCGCAGCGCUACCGGCACCAUCCUCUCCUCUCAGCUGGCCCGUUUGAUGUUGGUGGACUCCUCCGCACGGCCGGCCUACGACGCAGCGAACAUGAUGCACACGCUGCGCACGGUGAGCAUCACGCCGGUGUCCAGCAAGAUCCUCGACAACCUCGGCGCCUGGGACCGACUCACCACGAAGCAUCCAUACUACCGCAUGGCGGUGCGGCACGAGCAGGUCAACAGCCCGACUCUUGGCAGUGGUGCGCGCUCGUCUGCCUUCUUCAUGACGAGUUUGCUGGGCAACGCGACGUCGGCGGAGCCGCUGCUCGAGUUCACCGACCUGCGCAAACCUGUCGGCUUCAUUUGCUUCAAUACGGAGCUGAACAGCUGCAUGAUCGACGUUGUCGAGGCCCAGCAGAAGGCCGCGGCGGAGACGGAGGGGUUUCACGACACCCUCUGCUUCAACCACCGCCUUGAGGAUGUGAAGCUGCCCAGCCAAGGCAACAUGGACGGCCCGUGGGGCACCGCGAAGCUCGUCUCGGGUGAUGCGAAGGCGGACACGGAAUUCGGGCUGAUUCUGGGGUGCGAAGGCCGCGGCAGCCCCCUCCGCGACGUGCUCUCGACGCCCUCCCUCCAGCACGACUACGCACAGACGGCGUUUGUGUGUGACGUCCGCGUGGAGAAGGUGGAUGACGGCAACGUGUGCAGUUUCCAGAACUUCUUCCGCGACGGCAAGAUUAUUGGCAUGCUGCCCACGUCGGAGGAGACGGCGAACAUCGUGUUCAGCACCACCCCGCAGCACGCACGGGAGCUCAUGGCCUGCACGCACGAGGAGCUCGUGGCGGAGCUCAACCAACGCCUCUGCGCCUUCGCGCCGAACGACAUUCCGAAGAUUUUGGAGGUGCCGCAGAAAACCACCGCCGAUGGCAGCACCAAACGCGCGCAGGGCUUCUUUCCGCUGAAGCUGAACGUGGCCACCACGCCGUACGCGCCGCGUGCGAUUUUGCUGGGCGACGCGGCGCACAGCAUUCACCCCUUCGCCGGCCAGGGUCUCAACCUCGGCAUUUACGACAUCUGCGCCCUUACCUCGGUGCUGGAGCAGGCGAUACGGAGCGGGCAGGACAUCGGCAGCAGCGUCGCGGUGGGCCAGGUGUUUGCGGGCCACAUGCUCAGCCAUACCGCCCCAAUGAUCCUUGGGAUGGAGAUGAUCAAGAAGCUGACCUACGGUGUCCCUGGUCUAUCCUCGGUGGGCAUGAAGGCCCUCAACAGCCUCCCCCUCGUCUCCACGGUGGCAAAGGACGCCAUUAUGCAAGUCUCCUCCGGUGCCGUGUUCGCCUCGCAGCAAAAGGGCUCCUUUCUACUGCAGUAA